CGGCGGCAGCGGCGAGAGCAGUGACGACGGGAGCAGCGGCGGCGGCGGCGGCGGCGGCGGCGGCAGCAGCAUCACGGGCCAUUCUUCUCUCGAUGUAAAUGCAAAGGUUGAUCAGAUUUAAGUGAGUGGUACUGCAGGAAAUCCAUCUUGGCUCUUGUGGACGGACAACCAUGGGGCAUGUAUAAGCCUUUGACCAAGUCCUGUGAGAUUAAAUUUCUUACCUUCAAAGACCCUGACCCAACUGAAGUGAAUAAGGCUUAUUGGCGUUCCUGUGCCAUGAUGAUGGGCUGUGUAGUAGAAAGGGCAUUCAAAGAUGAUUAUGUGGUCAGCUUGGUCAGAGCACCAGAAGUUCCUGUAAUUGCUGGGGCCUUCUGCUACGAUGUCAUUUUGGAUAAGAGACUGGAUGAAUGGAUGCCAACGAAAAUUUAAGUGAGUGGUACUGCAGGAAAUCCAUCUUGGCUCUUGUGGACGGACAACCAUGGGGCAUGUAUAAGCCUUUGACCAAGUCCUGUGAGAUUAAAUUUCUUACCUUCAAAGACCCUGACCCAACUGAAGUGAAUAAGGUAUUUUCCUGCCUCCUCCAGUUUUCUUUU